AUGGACGGUCCAGAUCCUCAUAUGUAUGACCACAUGAUGAGAAACUAUAGAACACGUUGACAAAACUCAAACCCUACACUGAUAAAUAUAAAACGUGAAAGUACAAAGCUACCACCUCAUCUCUCCUUUCACAAAGAGAAAUCAUGGCUUUACAUUUGUUGCUUCAGAUCCUAUGGCUAGCAAGAAUAUCAUCAUCAUCAUCAUCAUCAUCAUCUCAAGCGAAGAAUCUCAGCUGUCCAUCUCAUUGCGGUGAUGUCCUCAUUCCCUACCCGUUCGGCAUCGGCGAUCCGGCCUGUUACAAAGACGACGGAUUCGCAAUAACCUGCAAUGACACCGUCAACCCUCCAAAACCGUUCAUCAGAACAUCCAAUAUCGAGGUACUAAACAUUUCGUUACAGGGCCAAGUUACGAUCAACGGUAAUGUAGAUUUACGGUGUCGAUCCAGGUCGACCACUGCAGUAUCUAAUUCGUCAUUACCCACAUCAUACUCUAAUUCUUCCCAAUGGAUCAACUUGCACGAUGAUAGCCCAUACACGUUCUCGGACAUACAUAACAAGUUCAUAGCCAUUGGAUGUAAUAUGAUAGUGUCCAUGAGAGGAUCUCAACGGCUCAACUCCACUAACAAGUACUACACCAACAGCUGCAUCUCGAUGUGUGGUAAACAUGUCGACAGGGUCAGUUCGUCGUGCUCUGGCUUCGGUUGCUGCCAGAUAUUGAUUCCAAAGGGGCUUAAGGAAUUUACGGUGAUGGUUCAGAGCUUAGGUGGGAACGGCUCAGAUUCAUUGAAUUCGUCGGAUCGAUGCAGCUCUACUUUCUUGAUGGAGAAGAAUAAGUUCGGUGCUGUUGCAUCAGACCUGUCUGAAUUCUUCGGUAGGAAGAAACAUGUUCCAGUGGUGCUGGAGUGGGCCACAGGAAAUCAGACGUGUGAGGAAGCUGGACGAAACUCCGAUGCUUUGCCGUGCAGAAGCUGGAAUAGCCAUUGCUUGGACUCCAACACAGGGAUCGUGACGCAGGGGAGGACGAGGAAUCGGGCACGUAAUAGCUGCUUAUCCGUUGCCAGUGCGGAUUGGUGCUUUCGUCUGCCUGGUUCGCGCGAGUUGCGGUUGUUCACCAAGCUUAAGCUCCUCCUUUCAACUUCGUUGUCUGAAUUCUUCGGUAGGAAGAAACAUGUUCCAGUGGUGCUGGAGUGGGCCACAGGAAAUCAGACGUGUGAGGAAGCUGGACGAAACUCCGAUGCUUUGCCGUGCAGAAGCUGGAAUAGCCAUUGCUUGGACUCCAACACAGGGAUCGGAUACCGUUGCUUCUGUGAUGAAGGUUUCCAAGGAAACCCGUAUCUUCCCGAGGGAUGCGAAGACAUUAACGAAUGUGAAAAUCCAUCCACCAAUCCAUGCACGCACAGUUGCCAAAAUACUGCAGGGAGUUAUUGCUGCUCGUGUCCAUUUGGAACCAACGGCGAUGGUAGAAAGACUGGGUCCGGUUGCGUCCCAUCACUUUUCUUUGCUGAUCCAGUUUCUCGCUCUCGGGUACUCAAGAUCUCACUAGGCAUUGGUCUUGGCCUAUUCCUUGUGCUUGUGGCUGGUUCUUCUUUGUGCUAUGGUCUCCAAAGAAGAAAGCUCAUCAAACUCAAACAGAAAUUCUUCGAGCAAAAUGGCGGUUUGUUGUUAAAACAAAAGAUCUCUUCACAUAAAUCUGCAGCCUCGACGACCAAAAUCUUUACAGCAGAAGAACUAUCGAGAGCAACAAACAACUACAAUGUGAACAGAAUCAUCGGUCGUGGAGGUCACGGCACGGUUUAUAAAGGAAUUCUACCAGACGGUACGGUAGUUGCCAUUAAGAAGUCCAAAAUCAUGGAUGAGACUCAAAUUGAGCCUUUUAUAAAUGAAGUUGUCAUUCUUUCCCAAAUCAACCAUAGGAAUGUGGUGAAAAUCGUUGGAUGUUGUUUGGAGACAGAAGUUCCUUCGUUGGUUUAUGAAUUCAUUUCAAAUGGAACUCUCUUCGACUGUAUCCAUAAGGAGGGUCACAUGUCCUCUAUUUCAUGGGAAAACCGUUUAAGGAUCGCCGCAGAAACCGCAGGGGCACUUGCUUAUCUACACUCCUCAGCUUCACUACCAAUCAUCCAUAGAGAUGUGAAGUCUACCAACAUUCUUUUAGAUGAUAAUUUCACGGCCAAAGUGUCCGAUUUCGGUGCUUCAAGGUCAGUUCCGUUCGAUCAAACACAUGUAACAACAUUAGUUCAAGGGACUUUCGGGUACUUGGAUCCGGAAUACUUCCAUACAAGCCAAUUAACUGAGAAAAGCGAUGUUUAUAGUUUUGGAGUAGUUCUUUUAGAGCUCUUAACUGGGGAGAUGCCUGUGAGUUUUGCUAGAUCCGAAGAAGAGAGAAAUCUUGUUAGUCAUUUCUUUUCGCAUGUGAAUGAGAACCGUCUGCUCCAAAUUAUAGAGGCUCGAGUUGUGGAUGAAGGUUGGAUAGAGCAACUUCAACAAGUAGCUGAGCUUGCAAAGGGAUGCUUAAUGGUGAAGGGGGAAGAAAGGCCUACGAUGAAGGAAGUGGCGGCAGAGCUCGAGAGAUUAAGACGGUUCCAAGAUCAUCCAUGGCUACGCCGAGACUUGGAGACUGACCAUUUGCUAAGUGAAUCAUUGGAAUGUUAUGACACAGAUGCCAUUGGGCAAUGUAGUUCGUAGAAACAGUUCAUAUAUGGCUGCACAAGCUGUCGCAG